UUUAUAAGAUGCGCACAUUGAAUAAUUACGGCAUUGACCGUCCUAUAACAGGCAGUCGUUGACCUUAUCAGGCAUAAAACAAUUUGGAGAUGAUGCAUAGAAGACUUUAGUUUCUAUCUUCAGAUUGAUAAAGAGGACUAUUUAUGGAGAAGAAGCAACAGAUUGUGCUCCUGCAUUAAAUUUAUUGUCGUUGCUACUGUCAAGCACUGGAAAGACAGAAAAUGGACUUGCAUUUCUAAAUGACCAAUCUAUUUGUGUUUCCAAUGCUACAGGGAAGACAGUUGAAGAUUGCGGUAUCCGUGAGAUCAAGUUACAAGCAAUUUGUAGAAACAAGUCAUGAUGAGAAACACAUUUCUGGAUUCUCAAUUAAUGCCUUUCAAGCAUCUGCUGGCCUUCUACCACGCAAGUUGUUCCACCAGAUGAUUCCCGCUAGGAUUUGAUGCUCUUGUUCUACUUGAACAAUUUUGAUGCAGUUGUCGGUGAUAUAGAAAUAACAGGAGGAAGAUUUCAAUAUGUAGAGUUCUCACAACCAUAUAGGGAACCUGGUGAAAAAAUGCUAGUGAUAACUGAAACGAAAAAAGAGUAACACAUUUGAAGAUUGGUUUACCGAUGAGAUCAACUUUCAAGCAAUUCAUGAAAGUUAGCCUUGAUCAUAAACAAAUCUCUGGAUUUUCACUUGAUGUCUUUGAAGCAGCUGUCAAGCUUCUAAACUACAAAUUAAGUUAUGAAACUGUUCAUUUUUACGGCUCUGAUGAUGAUUUGCUUAAGGAGCAAGGAGGUUGCUCAUAAGACUUUUGAUGCAGCUGUUGGUGAUCUGAUAAUAUGUAGAUUACUCGCAGCCAUAUGUUGACCCAGGACUUGUGAUGGUGGUCACUACUGAAGCAAAUAAAUCACAGCCAUGGUUGUACAUCAGCAUCUUCACUCCAGGAAUGUGGUUUCUUUUUGCAGCCACAAGCUUCUUUAAUGGUUUUGUUAUCUGGGUUGUUGAACACCAGAACCACAAUGAGAGUGGAGGUUCACCUGCCAGUGAUGCAGCUACAGUUUCACCGGCUAGACAUCUUACAAGUUAUUUCUUAUUUGCAUUUGCAACUCUCUAUUAUGGGCAGAGAGAAAGACCGAAUAGCAGUUUGUCUCAUUUUGUGCUGGCGCCAUGGUUAUUACUAAUGCUAGUAGUUAGCGCAACUUUCACGACAAGCUUCACUUCUCUGAUGACCAAUUCACAUAUAAAACCAUCUAAAACAUAUAUUAAUAUGCUAAGAAGGACAAACGCGGCCAUUGGUUAUGAUGGAAGUUCAUUUGUUAUCCAGUAUUUGGUGAAAGUUUUGGGUUUCAAGCCAAAGAAUAUCGGAAGUAUAGCCUCAAUUGAUGAUCAUGCAGAGGCUCUAGCAAGUGGCAAUAUCAUAGCUGCUUUCAUUUUGAUGCCUUACGCUAAGGUUUUAUUGGAAAAAUACUGCACAGGCUUUAAUAUUGCAGGACCUACUUACGAGCUUGGCGGUUUUGGCUUUGUGUCUCCAAAGGUUUCUACUCUAGCAUUUGACAUGUCAGAGGCGAUUGUAAGGUUAAGGGUGAGUGGGGGAAUUGCUAGCAAUAGAGGAAAAAAUGCUCUCCUCUUAUAAUUUCUCAGCUUCACCAUCUAAUGCCAAUGCAAGCCAAAGUUUAGGACCAGAACCCUUCUUAGGUUUUUUCAUUAUCUCAGGUUGUGCUUCCACAAUUGCAUUAUUUAUUACAGUCAUUCAUAUCUUAAGACGUCAAUGGAACAUAUGGACCAACAUUCAGGCAGCCUUAUUGGGUAGAGGACUUUGGAUAAGUUUGGCAACACUCUUGACAGAAAAUUAAACUAGGAAUGAGCUUCAACUAGCACGGAGAAGCUCCAUUCCUCAAACGGAAGGAGAAAUAGAUUUUUAGCUGACGCAUUAUGUACAUACAUUAUUUUUGUUAAAUAUGCAGCGUAUUUUGUA